UUCAGCAGAUUGAGUGAUCAUUGAGAUCAGAGAGAUGGGUUCAAGUUCAAUGGCAAUCUUCUUUGCAGUUUGUGCAUUUAUAUGUGUGUUUUCUGAGCCUGCACUUGCAAAGCAUGCUAGGGUUACCAGGCAUUACAACUUUAAUAUCAAGUCACAAAGUGUCACAAGGCUUUGUCAAACCAAGAGCAUUGUGACUGUCAACGGGCAGUUUCCGGGGCCUCGGAUCAUCGCAAGGGAAGGUGACAGGCUUGUGAUCAAGGUGGUGAAUAAUGUUCAGCACAAUGUCACACUCCAUUGGCAUGGGAUCAGGCAAUUGAGGAGUGGAUGGGCAGAUGGACCUGCAUAUAUCACACAGUGCCCAAUUCAAACAGGACAAAGUUAUGUCUACAACUUCACUAUUACAGGCCAAAGAGGCACAUUGUUUUGGCAUGCCCACAUCUCCUGGCUUAGGGCAACUGUCUAUGGACCUAUAGUCAUCCUCCCUAAAAGACAUGUGCCUUACCCUUUCCCCCAACCCUUCCAAGAAGUUCCCAUCAUUUUUGGUGAAUGGUGGAAAGCAGACACAGAAAAAGUAAUCAACCAAGCCUUACAAACAGGUUUGGGACCAAAUGUCUCUGAUGCCUAUACCAUCAAUGGUCUUCCAGGCCCGCUGUACAACUGCUCAACCAAAGAUACAUACAAGCUCAAGGUGAAGCCGGGGAGGACGUAUCUGCUGCGGUUGAUCAAUGCUGCACUCAACAACGAGCUUUUUUUCAGCAUUGCCAACCAUACCCUAACUGUAGUCGAAGCAGAUGCAGUUUAUGUGAAGCCAUUCAAAACCCAAACUGUUCUGAUCACACCAGGACAGACCACAAAUGUGCUUCUGCUGACAAAACCUAAGUCCCCAAAUGCAAAAUUUGUCAUGGCAGCUCGCCCAUAUGUGUCCGGCCCAGCUGCUUUCGACAACUCCACAACCACAGGAUUACUGGAAUAUGAAAUUUCUUCUUCCUCAAGCAACAGCAAGAACAAUAAAAAACAGCUUUUCACACCAGUACUUCCAAAGCUCAAUGACACAUUAUUUUCCAUGAAAUACAACAAGAAAAUUCUCAGCUUGGCUAGUCCCAAAUUCCCAGCGGCAAAUGUCCCAAAAACUGUGGAAAAGCGCUUCUUCUUCACUGUUGGGUUGGGAAUACUCCCAUGCUCAAAAAAACAAACAUGCCAAGGCCCAAAUAAUACUAGGUUAGCCGCAGCCAUUAACAAUGUGACAUUUGUCCAACCCAAUACAGCUCUUCUGCAAGCUCAUUUCUUCAACCAACCAAAAGGCGUGUACACCACAGAUUUCCCAGCAAACCCAGCAGUCAAAUUCAACUACACAGGGAGUCCACCCAACAACAUUGCCGUGAGCAGUGGGACGAAGGUGGUGGUGCUGCCUUUCAACACUAGUGUGGAGUUGGUUUUGCAGGACACUAGCAUUAUUGGGGCUGAGAGCCACCCGCUUCACCUACAUGGGUUUAAUUUCUUUGUGCUGGGAUUGGGCUCUGGAAACUUUGAUCCAAAAAAUGACCCUAAAAAAUACAACCUGGUUGAUCCUGCAGAGAGGAACACCAUCGGUGUCCCCUCUGGUGGCUGGGUUGCCAUUCGAUUCCUCGCUGAUAAUCCAGGUGUUUGGUUCAUGCAUUGCCACCUAGAAGUGCACACCAGCUGGGGGUUGAAGAUGGCUUGGGUGGUCUUGGAUGGAAAGAGACGCAACCAAAAGCUGCCUCCUCCACCGUCCGAUCUUCCCAAGUGUUAAUUUCACGUUUUGCUCAUAGAUUUCUUGUGUUUUCAUUUCAUUCUUUGUGUCCAGUUGCUCCCCAGAAAAGGGAUCGUAGUGGAAAAGAGUUUUCAGGCUUUUAGGUUAUGCUUUAGUACAUAGUAGUUUCCUUUUUCCUUCCCUGUGAAAGAUUUGGGUUGGGUUUUGAUUUGUAAUGCCUUUCAAAAGUUGUAAUAUUCAAAUGUAAUAGAAUAUCAAUAUUUCUUUUUU